AUGUCGUGCCUAGUUCAUCGCUGGUUGCUCUUAUAUGGUUUAACAUUAUUAGUUGUCUUUAAAGGUAGGUACUUUAUAGCAUUAGCAAACACAAUGUUGAAAUAGAGGUUAAAAGGUAUUGUAUUUACCCAAUUACAAUAAUAGACGUCAGGUUUUCUUCAGUAGAUUAAGAUCAUAUACAUCUAUUUGAAUGAGUUUUUUUGGCCGUUGGUUUGUUCGAAAGUGUUGCUAUAUAGUACAAGUAUAUAUAUAUAUAUAUAUAUAUAUAUAUAUAUAUAUAUAUAUAUAUAUAUAUAUAUAUAUAUAUAUAUAUAUAUAUAUAUAUAUAUAUAUAUGUAUAUAUAUAUAUAUAUAUAUAUAUAUCAUUAAGCUUCAUUAUAUAUAUAUAUAUAUAUAUAUAUAAUUACGCCUCAUUAAUUUAAGCUUCAUUAUGUAUUGUUUGAAUUGCUGCAUUCGACGCGAUAUAUAUAUAUAUAUAUAUAUAUAUAUAUAUAUAUAUAUAUAUAUAUAUAUAUAUAUAUAUAUAUAUAUAUAUAUAUAUAUAUAUAUAUAUACAUGAUGCAGCGAGGACGCGAAUGCCGUUUAAUAUAGCUUGCGAACUGAAUGCAAAUAUAUUUAAUUAAACAGUCGUGUUUUGAAGCAAUGUUUCAAAAAGAAAUUAUUUUAACUAGAAAAUCGAGGAAAGAUUAUGCAAUCAGGAGAAUUUUGUAUAUGUGCACGAUAGGUUGUUGAGUUCUUAUUUUCUGUUUGCAGGUUGUCAGAGUCUUUUCCUCAGGCAUUCUCAGUCUCGAAAGUGUAUUGCAGCAGGAAUUCAGAUUUCGGAUAGUAAUAAUUCCAGAAGAUACUGGGCUGAAAUGGUUAAUAACUGCUUGAAUGUCAGUGCACAGUUCAGGCGUUAUCUCGAUACAGAACUGUUACAAAAUAUCAAGACUGGAGGGACGUUAGCGUCUAACCUUAAAAAACCGAAAUUGCAAAAUCGUUUAUUCAUUCAUAACGGCAAAAAUCCGAAAGGAAGAAAUUUCCAAAAGAGUAGUGUUCAUCGUUUAAAACAAACGGAUGCUGGAUCUUUAUUUUUUUACAACAGUUCAGUGAACUCUUGUGCUCAGCCUAAUGACAGUCACGUUGAUCUGAAAAAAGAUGGAUGUCGUGACGUGACAGAUCAAAAGUUUUCUUUUGGUAAGUGAAUAUUCAGUAGCUACUUCAAUUUUCAAAUACAAGCUUCGCUUAACCUUACCAUAGCUAUAACACCAUCUCGAAGACCGGCUAUUUUUGUAAAAUAGUAAAUAUUUACUAAAUAAUAAAUGUUUCAUCACUAGGUAACUUUGUUUUCAUCUUUCAUAUAAUUUCAAUCUUACCUUUUUACGUUUGUAAAUACUGUAUAAUUUUUGUGAGGAUUGUAUGUUAGAUAUACCUAGACUAUAUAUAGUAUACAUGGUUACAUACGUUUCCCUUGUAAAAUAAAGUUUUACUAUAAACUACAUCCAUGUACAUGCAUGAGAAAACGUUUUGACAGAUUUACCACGGACAAGCAUCAGCAAAUGUUUCUUAUUGCCGGGCUUAUUCCGCAUAAAUGCAGCCAGCCUUAUACUCCCUUUAGAGAGGAAAACAGCAUCUGUGUACCAAAUCCGGUGUUACAAUGGUUUCAAAAAGAAUUGUAGUAUAUAUUUAUAGGCUAUAGCUCAGUCAGUGUACUGUACACUGUAAAAACAGAGGUGUUAAAAUAACCAGUUUGAAUUGGUUGUCUCAGAUUUGAGCAUGCAGUAUUUUUUACAGGAGACAUUCCGGAUCCGGAGCUCUGCAACAAAAUAAAGCUUUGAUACGUGUUCCAACUAUGUUAUAAAAUACAUGAUAUAAUGUCGAGAAAGCAAUAAUUAAUAACAGCCAGCCAAGGUCCGCGUGAUUGCCCAGGGUCGUAGGAAGCAUAAAAAAAUUAGGGGGGGCACCGGUUUCGAGGGGCACUUUUGGAAUGAAAAGGGCACCUAAAAAGAUUUUCCCGGAAAUGUUGGCGACGGGGGGGGGGGAUAGGGAAGGAAAAAUAAAUGCAAUCAUAAAUCAAAGGCCCGUUGAGGCCGACUCGCGGAUCAGAUCAAAGGAGAGUGACAGAAAGAAUUAAAGAAGUUUGCAGUUGUUUUUGCAAACGAACACCGUGCAAAUUUUGCCAUUUGUCCUGUUCCAGCCCGAUUUCUGGUUCUGAAAGGCUCGAUUCGCAGCCAAAGAGUGCGCUGGCAGCAGGCUGGUCAUUUCUCAUUGUUUAACUGCCCCACACUCACGUUACCACAAAGACUCACAGAUAUUGCUUUGCAACAUCCGUGAGUUAAAAAUGCAAUCUGAACAACAUUUUUCACAAAGGCAAAGGGCACUUUGCCACCUAAAAAAGGGCACUUUUUGUGUCUUCUGAAAACUUGGGGGGGGGGGCUUGGCCCCCUUGCCCCCCCCCCCGGUUCAUACGCCCCUGUGAUUGCCUAUACUCUCAUUUUUAGGAUCAGUAACACAGUACGGCACCAAAAUGAAAGAUGUUCAUUGUUCUCCCAAACAAUAUAUGAUGGUCACGAGAGCUGAUUAUGGAGAUUUUAAUGAGAGUGGUGCCUUUAAUGACGAUAAAAAUUUUGACAAAACAUGCAGCAAGUUAGCUAAUUGUCAGGUAAAAUCUCGUUGUGGUGGAAAGAGAUCUUGUGAACUGACCAUGGACAAUAAUUUACUACCAUCACCGUAUUGUUCUGAUACUUCAAAAGAAAUUUACGCCGAGUACACUUGUGUUGACAGCAAUAGCUCAACCAUUAUAACUGCAGGUAAUGUGCAUGGAUAUUCUGAAAUUGAUUUAAAUAGUUGAAGCGGUCAGGAAGCAUUCUAGAUUAGUAAAAAAUCCUCUACCGUAUAUAAUUUUAUUUAAUAAAAUACAAUAUACAGCACGUCUUUGAACAGUCUUGUAGUACGUAGUCACAAUUAUAUGGUGAAUAAUUGUUUUGGUAUAAAUUGUUAAUGAACUGAAACAAAAUAUCCAAAUUACAAAUAUCAGUUUAAUUGAAUUCAGAAAUAUAACUGUUUUCGGUCGGUUCACAGUUUCUGUUUUUAAAUAUAGUGUUGCAGUGUUUCUUGUACACACAACACAUGCUGACACUUUUGCACACACAUGCAUGCAUGCACACUAUUGCUUUAAGGCCCUGUUACACGGUGCAAUUUUUCAUGCAACUUGUCUCGCAAUGUUUAUAAAAAGAUUUUGAUAAUGCAUUGCAAGAGGUGUUACACGCUGCAAUGAUUUUCAUGCAACUCGCAACGAUACGGGACAAAGGCAUGCGAAGAGACUAGGAAGAGGCGCUAUUUGGCGCCAAAUUUUAAUUAAAAUAAAGUGUGUACUGGGGAGAGCCAACAGGAACUCUCCAAGCUAUAAACAUUGCGAGACAAGUUGCACGAAGCCAUGUUACACGCUACAACGCUUAAAAUAAUUAGUGCAAUCGUUGCCAAAAGUAGAACCGACUUCUACUCUCUGCAAUGCUUCAUGCAACUUGUCUCGCAACGAUUUUGACCAUUGCAAGGCAUGUUAAACGGUGCAAUGACUCGUGCAACUUGUCUCGCAACGCCAUUGCGAGACAAGUUGCAUGAAAAAUUGCACCGUGUAACAGGGCCUUUAAUGCAAAGUUGUUUUUCUCGAUUUCUGCUUAAAAUAUAAACAUAAUGAUUAAUGAUGCAUGGAAUGACUUUUUCACCAGACUUUCAAAAAAUAGUUUCUGUUUAGCAUUAAUUUGUUCCGGAAAUUAAAUGACUGAGAACAUUGGAAAAACGGAAUGUAAAACUAUUCGGCUCGAAUGCCUCGAAAUAAAGCUUUAAUACACUUUUUCUUAAGUUAAUAGUCUUUUACAAGUUUCUAAAACACAAUAUAUAGCGUCAGGACACCAUACAGCACAAUGAAAACAUGACGCAUCAAAACAAAAAGUAUCGUACAAACUGAGAUAUCUAUAGGAUACAAAACAAAAUGGUUUUAACAGAAUAUCACGGCAAGGUUUUUCCCAACAGUCGAGAUUGUUUUUGCUAUUUGUUUGAAGUGAAUGUUUAUAUAUAUAGAAGUUUUAAAUAAGUUUUUAAUUGUCCGUGAAUAUGUUUGGGUGUGAGUCGGAGAGGGAGAGAGAGAGCAGAACCAUCACUUCAGAAAUUGGUACUCAGUCAGUCAAUAGCUGUGCGACAUUGACCUGCAUGCAUGCAUGCAUGGCUUCGUAGAGAGAUCACCCUCCUCAGAGUUAAGUCUUGUGCGUCAAACGAAGGAGAACCAACACUCCAGAAAUCAGUACUUCAGUCAGAUAUAACUGAAAGACAUUGACUAGGGUCAUGCUUAUACUAUCCAGGCUCAUGGUUGGUUGAUUAUAACAAUAAAAGACAAUAAAACUAUAGAAAUCGUCUUUCUAAAGAACGAGUGACAAACAAUGAUCAUUUUUGUUUCUGAUUUGUUUCUGAAAGCCAAUCACAAAACAUGAUCAUUUUAAGUAGAUCUUCAUCCCAUUGACUAUGGUUUCGUAGAGUCAACUAGCCAAUCACAAACGCGCGAAAGCUCAUUUGAUAUGCAAAAGUUAAUAAAUAGAAUAGAAAAUAAUAAAAAGGCCGUUGAAUCCUGAGUCCAACUUAACAUCGUCUAACAUUGUCAAUCCACUGGCAUUGUCGAUCCAUCAAUGCAGGAUAGUGUUGGUUGAAACUUUUAGCAUAUAGACAAACAAUGAUAAGAGGGUCUUGAGGGGGAAUCCAGAUCCCAUUUUCUAGCUCAAAUUUUUCUCUAAAUUCCAUUCUCCAUCCAUUUUUGAUCGCACCCCAGUCCCAACUGUGAAAAUGAAAGAAAUUUGCAGAGGAGGUGGUGACUUUUAGAACACAAUACUGUGUUCAAUUUCUCUUUUUAGAACUAGUUUUGCCAUACAUAAACAUAAAGACCUGUUGAAACCAUCACAAGACGUAGUUCCAACAUUGUUUGUGCAACAUUGUUGAGUCCGUUUGAUAACUGUUUGGCAGAUGUUGUGUCAGAUUUAUAGCUUCAUUUAAAAUUUCCAUCGUUCAAUAUUUUUAGGUCUAAGAAUGUUGCAUCAAACAAUGUUCGAUCAACAUGUCGGACUGGUUUAAAAGUGUCUUGUGUAAGAACUAAAGAACCUAUAGCUUUCUUGCAAUUUCAAAUGCAUGCAUGCAUAGUAGUAUUACAAUAAAACAUUUUAAACCUGGGGGACGUCGAAGUUAUAUAUGUGAUGGCAGCCAAACAAACCCACUGGAAUAUAUGUUUGUAAUAUUUUGUUUAGAAAAUAUUGCCAAUUGUUAACGAUUUUACGAAUUUGGGUGGCAUAUAUCGGUUGUGCGGAGACGGUAGAUAAGAAGUAACAAGCAACUGAACGAAAAUAGUGAAUCUAUUGUUUAUAAGUAGCUACCAUUUACUUCACUAAAUCUCAUCUUCGCUUGUUGUUACUAUGUAUUGUAGCGAGGUUUUAUACCACCCAAAUAUUGCGAACCGUGCAUGAUGGUUGAAUGGCGUGAAGUGUAAAAUCUGCUGUUUCAUUCAACAUUUCUGUUUCAGCACCUAACAUACGAUUAGAGAGUUCACCAUACAGUGGUUACAUCCAAAUAAAGUAUGGUUCAACUUGGAGAUACGUUAUUGAAGAACAAUGGGAUAAAAAUCGUCAGAAAACGCUGUGUCGGCACUUGGGAUUUAAAGAAACGGACGCGAACGUUAUUAACAUUUAUUGGUUUGGAAGAGGGCAUGAGUUUGCAACUGGGGACUUGAUAUGCUAUACCACACAGUCAGGUGGAACGUCUUGUUGUAUCCAUCUUGUUUUUUUUAAAUGGCCUUCAACCGUUGGUGUGCCAAGUACGAAAUGUGAGUAUAUGAGUCAUAUAAAAUUAGCUCAAAUUAUAACUAUGGUUGAUAUCCAAUUUACCUGAUAUCCAAUUUUAUUAUGUCCGUGUUCACUCACUAGCUCAUUCAUUCAUUCAUUCAUUCAUUCGUUCUUCGGUCAUUCGUUCAUUCAUUCAUGGGUGGAGUUGUGUAUUAAUUAUAUAUAGCAUACUGCAGCAAAAUGCUGAUGUGGUCAUGUAUCCUAACCAGUGGCAGAAAUUCACUUUUUCCGGGGGGGAGGGGGAAGGGGGGCAAAGCCUCCUAAAUUUCCGACAGAACCUUCAAAUUUCCAACAACCCCAUUUGCACUCAAAAAGACUGUUUUUAGCCCUGUUUUAGGGUAACAUUUCCGAAAAUUCGGCAAUUUUCCGUAAAGUUGGGGGGGGGGGCGGUCGCCCCCCCCCGCACCACCGAGAUUUCCGCCACUGAUCCUAACUACUGUAUAACUGUUUUAGCAAUAAAUAAUUUGUAUAUAUUUGUAUAUAACGUUCUCAUGCAAUAUCUUCUUAAAAUAUACGUAAUUUGGUUUCUUGUUGUUCAGUAAGUUACAAAAUCAAUAGCCGCUAAAUUACACGUUUUGAGAGUGUUUCUUCAAUACCAUUCCAUUUGAAAAUCUGUUUCUGUGUGAUAAUGUAAUAAGUCAUGAAAUUACGGUUUGAGAAUUAGUAUUAAUGAGAAAUGACACGCCAUACUGAUAAAUUAAAUUAUAUUUAUAGCGCUGCAAACAUAUAUUGUACAGUCAAAUAUACAUCUAAAAAUAGAAAGACACAUGCUGCAUGAUGGAUUUCUCUCUCGUCACAAAUUUACGAUUUCAUUAAAUUGCAAUAAAUUUACCUUCUCUAUUUUAACUGUAGGCAAGAUAUGCGACAAACCGUUACUCAAUGACAAAAGAACUUUUCCAGACUCCGUAUUUUCUGGCAGUGGUGAUUUGUAUCGUAAAUACAAAUAUGCAAGGAUUACUGGAGGUGGCUGGUGUCCUUGGAGAUCUGACUCAUAUCUUUUGAUCGAUCUUCACAAAGAAUAUCACAUAACACGGGUUGUUGUUAUGGGUGAUAGAGAUCAAACAAUGUGGAGUAGGUCAUAUUCAUUGAAAUACAGUCAUGACACAACUUAUAAAAAUUGCGAACAGGUAUUUAUGAUUAUAAAAAAGUAUUUUGCGAUAAGCGCCUAACAUAAGUCUUAAAAAACCCCCGUAAAUCCUGUAUUAAGUCCCAAGGGACGUUGGACGGGAAGCUUAGUGACAGGAAAGGGGUUAGUUGAGGGAGAGCGUUUAUUCAUUUGGCCGUAUUACUUAUGAGGUAAGAUAGUCCAACAACUAACGUGAAUGCCCAAGUCAAUUAAUAGAUCUGUUAAGGCCCAUCUACACAAUAAGCGUACGCGACUACAGUCGUAUACGAUUCUUAAUUAUCUAUACAUGUUUACACGGAACAGCAUUAACUGUAGUCCCGAAAGUAUUUACGUUCCCGUGUGCAAAUGGUCUCGUCUCAGUCUCAAUCCCAAUCGCACGUGCGCAAAAAAAGACCUGUUCACAUGGUUACGUCUAAUUUAGGAGCCAUUUGGGUACAAAACGAGAUCCACUUUUAUUGGGUCUCGAAUUCGUACGGUUAGCUGUGUUGGAAUUCGUCCGGUUUCAUGCGUCCCACGUGAGCGCAAGGCGAAACCUAACGAAUUUGGGUAAGGUUCCGAAUCUGGCAUCCGGCCCGUGUGAAACUUCAAUCUAAGAGCUUUGCUUGGCAUGGCAAAACAUUUACAGUAUAUUAUUAAAACGCAUUUACUUGCCUACCGGAGGUAACUACAACGAUGAACUACAAAUAAUUACAAUGGUGAAGACAAAGCAGACUCAGACCAGGGUCAAACGUCGAACUUUCAUGCGCCGAACCUAAUGUUAAUGAGGUAAGUUCUUUGUUUCACUUCAUUUGCAUUAGGUUCGGCACAUGAAAAGUUCGACGUUUGACCCUGGCCUCAUGCAGUACAACUCAGGGAUUUAAAAUUUAUCUUUGAAUUCUUACUAUCUUUCAGAUUCUUCAAAAUGUUUAGGAACGAACUUUCCCUAAGCCUCAUGUUAAUAGUAUAAUUUUUGUUUUUGUUUGUGGAAACACCACGUAAAUUUAUUACUGCAAAGCUUGCAAAGCCAUAUUAUUAGCACUGAUGAAGAUCCGGGCUUACGGAUCGAAAGCUUUGCAGUAAUAAAUUUACGUGGUGUUUCUACAAAACAAAAACAAUUAUAUUUUAUCGCCAUGCAAACAUUCAAAGAACUUAGUAUAAUUUUUGUUCAAUAUAUAGGCCACAGUAAGAUUUUUUUUAAAUGUGUUUAUUACAUUAACAAACGACAUUUCGGAGAUUUACUCUAUCUUCAGUUAUAGGAAUGCAAUUGUAAUCCUAACUACCUGAAGAUGGAGUAAAUCUCCGAAACGUCGUUUGUUAGUGUAAUAAACACAUUUAAAAAAAUUCUUAUUGUGGCCAUGUCUAUAUAUUAAACACAAAUUAUCUUUCAGAUUAAAGGAAAUCAGAACGGUUACCAAGCAUCGGCUACGGACGUUGAUAUUUACAAUGUGAGGCAUGUGAAGAUAGAAUCAACUGAAAACACGAUAUUUUGUCUUAGAAUCGAACUUUGUGGAGAAGGUGAGCUAUGUUUUCUGUUACUGGUUGCAUGUGUAAACAGGAUUUUCGCAAGUUAGACAUCUGCAGAAAUUACUGGUAGUGAACAAACCUUUUAUAACUACAGUGUCAAGUAGUAAUUGGCACUUUAUAUACCAAAAUCACGGUCCAAAAAACGUUUCAUGUUUUUGUGUCAAAACAUUCAAGAAUACGACCACAUUUCUAAAGUUGUGAAAUCGACAAUUUGGAAAUGGCGACAUCUUAUUGAUCUGUGGGAAAUUUUCUGCCUCAUUUUCGUAAUCUUGAUGUGAAGGAACACAAGUCAUCAAGGGUAAAUCAGGAUCGUAAAUAGUUUUGAAAAAUGUUUUUUCAAGGACUGGGUGAAAACAUGAAGUAAAUAUGAAAGUUGAUCACAAUAUUCUAUUCGAAGAUUAGCAGAAUCCAUUAUUAGAAGACGAAUUUUCUAAGAUGGGAAACUUUUCUAAAACAAGAAAUUUAAGUUACAGUAAAUGCCAGACUUUCUGCAUAACUUUACCUUGUAAAUUUCUCGCCCAAACGAUAUGAAAGUUAGACGAGUUUCCUGUUUUAAACUCGUCUUCAAUUUGUAUUGUACGAAUAGAUCAAGACCGGGUACCGUUUCAGCUGUUAACGUCCAAAGGAGAUUGGGAUUGAGGAUUUCGGGAAUUUUUAUAACGUUUACUUCGUCAGAUGGUUUUCGUCCUUUAUUCAUAUCAGACAGAAGUUCCAGACGAGGUUUUAGAUGACUCCUAAUUUUCGAAAAUGUGUCAUAAUCAAGCUACAUCACUAGCAUGUUUAAUUUCUUACUAAAAUUCGCGAUCUUUUCAUAUCUAUAGUUCAAACUCCAGCUCCUGUAAACAAUAUUAGGAUUACACCAUACCAAUAUGCAGCACUUGUGACGUGGAGAAUACAUACAGCACCCGAAGACUCCAGUUAUAUAACAAAGAUCAUUAUAUAUCUCGACGGUGCAGAAUACCAGACUAUAUCUCAAAUUAGACAAAGAACUUAUAUCGUUAUAAAAAGAUUUAAACCGAAUACUCAAUAUAGAGUUGAAAUUCAGACUGAAGAUGGUUAUUCGCAGAAGAGCGAAAAAGUUUCUGAAUCUUUUACGACCAAUACAGCAGGUAACGUAACAGAUAGGUUUGGUAUAACAUGUAUGUACCGGUUAUGGUAUAACAUGAAAAUGCAAAAUAUGCAUGGUGUGCUGUGAAGCGUCAUAAGUCCUAUUGAGUAUUGAUCUACCGUAACUGUGUAAAGCCCUUUCGAUACAUGUAAUUGUAAAUUUGUAUUCUUACAUGCAGGGCUUGAAAUAACGUUCCUAAAAUUCCCGAUCAUGGUGAUCAGCAGUCGUGACUUUCCCUGCUUUUUUCAGGUUGGAAACCGAAACCCUGCUUUUCCGAAGUACGGCCUGAUACUCAGGUUACCGCCGAUCAUAAGCAAUUCCUUGCUGAUCAUUGAUCGGUGAUCGGUUGUUAUUUCAAGCUCUGUCUUAACAAUUUUGAAUUGAUACUGAUUUCAAAUGAUUAAAGCCAUGUAAUAAUUAUCCCAUGCAACUGUUAGGAAGGGCGAAAUUUUGAACGGAGGGCGAAAAUCCUAAAGAAAAGGUGAACUUUCUAAAGGGGGGCGAAUUUCCUAAAGGAGGGCGAAAUUCCUAGGAUUUUCGACCCCCUGGGGGGGGCGAUAUUCCUAGGAAUUUCGCCCCCCGGGGGGCGAAAAUGUAGGGGGGGGGGCGAAAAUCCUGGGACACCGGUCUUAAAAUGUAUAUAAUCACUUGAUUACAAACCCUAACAUUCUAAUAUGUACCGUAAGCCCUUUAUUGAAGUCGCCUUAUGAAAUAAACAUCCCCUUUCCAUGCAAUGAGCCCUGGACAGACUUUACUAUUUUCCAAUGGCCUCGUUUCCAAGUGUGCAUGUUUUACCAUGCCAGGUUAUGUAGCAUGACAGUCCCUAUGUUGUUCACGAAUAUGUUAUAUUGUUUCUUCUUGAUCUUCAGUCCAAUCACAACUUUUUCUAAGUUAGUUAUUUCACCUCAGGAGUUAGUACAUUACAAUCUAAAAAAACCUUUCAACAUAUUAUAUAUUCAUUUGGAUAUGCGUAGAAAUAAUUAUAUUUACUUGUGUAUUUAGCAGAGCUUUCAUCCCAUAUUUAAGUCGAAAUCUUGAUCAACACUUCAGGAUCAAUUAAAAACCUUUAGAAUUAAAUGAAAAAAUGGUCUUUGUCACAAACCAAACUAAUUCUACUUAUCUUUGUGCAAAGCUAGCUAUAAGUGAUUUUUCAGAACAAUCAUCUGGCAACAACAGCACUCGUCUGGAUCUCAUAAUACCGCUGGUUAUUUUGGCCUUAUGUUUGCUCCUGUCACUUGCUGUGAUCAUAUACCAACGUCGUCGCCUUCAGAAUAACAAUAGAAAGGAGAGUCAUAGACUCCAGACAUCAAGACAAGCUGACCAAACAGGGGCAUUCGGUGCGUAUGUAAUCUUUUACAAUUAGGUAACCAAAUUCACUUCACAGCAUGUUUUUAUUGGAUAUUCCUAGCAGUUCGCAACUGUUCUCCAUAUAGUGGCCCGGUAAGAAGCAUCCUGUAUAUAUUGAUCCUGUGUUAAUGCAAGAGGAAACCUAAACUAUACCUAUAGAUACCCAGAUACCUGUAUAAAUUCGAAACUGUUUUCCCUGGAAGUGCAGUAUAGUCUCCCUUAUUGCAUGGAUCAGUUAUAUGCGAAAAAAUCCAAGGUGUUUGGCAGAGUCAAACACUUCAAACACUGAGUUUUUUUACCCAUGUUUCAAUAAUAUUGGUAAAUAAGAAAAUAUAAAUCGUUGUACAUUUUUACUAGCUAGUAACACUAAACGUUCACCUGCAAUGUGUAAAUCUUGUAGAUUCCAAUCCAGAACCUCCAAAUAGCAAGAAAUUGAUGGAGGUCAUCGAACUGACUGCCAAGAGAGUUUCGUACGUGAAUGACGAUACCGUAUAUGAAGCUCCUGACGAUGUUGUCGAAUGUAUUGAACAAAAUGAGGCUGAAUCUAAACGUGAGAUUUCUACAGAAAAGGAACCUUCCGCGUACAUAUCUUUGACAGACAACAAAGAACCUGAAAAUUCUUAUCAGCCUCUACUCACCAGUGCUCAUCCACAAGAUACGAAGGGUGUUGACGAUCAGUCAGCAUUUAAUUUAAAUGCCAGUGCUGUUUAAUUUGAGGUAGAGCGAGUAGUUUGACUACCAGGUAAUUGUUUAUAUCACUUAUACUCAGGGUUGGAAAAUAUAGAUCAACACAAAUCUAAAUACUCAUGCAUAAAAUAUAAAUUGCCCAGAUAUAUCUUCAACUACGAAAUUCACCAGGAUGAAACAUUACAAUAUUGCAUUGUUUUGGUAUAAAACCAAAGAUAUAGUAACAUUUCUUCAAAUUGGAAGGCACAAUUCUGACAAUUCUCGAACUGAUAUAAUCGAGCACUCUAUAUUCUUAGAAAUGUAGCUAUUCAUUAUAUGUAGUAUAGAAUAGUUUAAAGAUGUUUAGGUAAUGUAAUGUAUAUUUUACUGGACAUUGUCAUGUGGGCGAUGUAUGCCAUAGUGCAUACUAGGGAAAAUAGGCCAUCGAAUUAAUUGAAGCCAUAGAGCUAGCCGAAAGUUAAAUAGCCUCGCAUGGGUUCUUACGACCCGUUCGCUACUUUCCAGUUUGGAACUAUUCGUUGGCGUUGUUACCCGUGUGUUCAUUGUAAAGUCAGUCAUUUUUUAAUAAAGCUGUUAAAAAAUACUAUUCAAAAGCUCAGCUGUGCUUCGUGGAAUGAGAAGUUCCAUCUUUUACCAAAUGAAAACAAUUUUACCAUUGCACGAAUGAACACUGGCAGUCAUUAUUUGUUUCGUAUGACACUAAACUAGGCCAAUAUGUUAUUGAUUUUUUUGUUAAAUUUAAUACAAAACAAAUGCAUACUUGGGCUACAUGCAUGUAUAAUGUUCAAAAUUAAAAUAAAUCCAACAAACAAGUAUAAACAAGUUCCCCAUUUUUUUUAAAAUUAAUUAAUUAAUUAAUGAAGAAUUAUAUAACGAUGGCAUGCGACGACAAAUAAUUAAGUAAGAUGUAUAAUCGAAAAACUGUUGUACAAUGACGUGCAUAUAAAUGUAAGCUAAUCUAUGUUAAUACUAGAAUAAAUGAAUCAAAAGAAUGCUUUUUGUUGCACAGAGC